AUGUGCGACAUUUUAAGCAUCGGCGGGGAGCCGAUCUUUGACGAUCGUAUCGUCAAGAUCGAAACUCACACAUACAAUCCUUACGCCAAUACUACGUUUGGGAAUAGCGACGAGAUACGAAUUCCUAUACAACAGCAAGAUCUGUACACAUUACCGUGCGAUAGUUUUCUCUACAUAGAAGGUAGACUCGAGUCUAAAGUGUCGCCGAGUGCGCAAGAGGAAACCGCGUCGGUGACGAGGCUAGUGAACAAUUGCGCGGCGUUUAUGUUCGAGGAGAUUCGCUACGAGCUCGAUGGUGUGGAAAUCGAUCGAAGCAGAAAUGUUGGGAUAACGAGCAUGAUUAAGAAUUACGCGCCGCUGUCAGUCGAAAAAAGCAAGAUAUUAAAGAACGCCGGAUGGGACUUUUCGGCGGCAACUCAUUCGUCGAUCAACGAUUUCAACUUUUGCGUACCUCUCAUCGUGUUAUUAGGUUUUUGCGAGGAUUACAGGCGUGUCGUGAUCAACGCGUGA